CAGUCAGCGACAAUAGCCAGUAGCUCACGAGUCACGAACGUGGAAACGCCGUCGUCCAGCGUCUACGUGACCAUUAAUGAUAAAUUCCCAUACCUAGACCAAACGCAUAAAUAUACACUAUAUGGAGAUCAACGUGUGUCAGUCAAUUCAGUAAUAAGUAUAGGUCGUAAAAGGCAGAGACAAUCCGACGAGAACAGCUGCUUCUCGCUGCGCUAUUAAACACCGCAGUUGACGUAUUCGCGUAUAUAAGUACUUCGCGCCCAAAAAAAAACAUCUCCCAAAUGAUUGCCGGAGGUAGUUACAAAGCCUAACCUUCUCGGCGAGCGAGACGAGCUAAAGAUCUGUCACUCUUAUCAGAAGCAUGGCAACAUCCGAGAGUGAUGAUUUCGAAAGUGCUGACGAAGAGUUGAAUGCUCGAACUGAACAGGCUGCCAGAUCCAAGAGAUAUACAUCUAUUGGCUCGGACAGUGAUGACGAUGUCGACUACAUACCAGUACAAUAUCAUACUCCAAUGAAAGGAGCCAGUAAAAAAGAGUACAAGUCUCCCCUUCAAGCAAGAGAUAAUUAUAUUGACAAAGCUGAUGACAAGUCUGCUGGUCAACUCCAGAUGGAAACAAAUAAUGUUCUAGGUAAAAGUGACCCGAGUGAAAAGAACUCUGACAGUGCCAAAAACAAAGUACAAGAGAGUAAAAACUUAGGUAGCAAAGGUAAGUUGGCAUGUGAAACUGAUGCUACUAAGAUGAGCAAGGUGUCAAAGUCCGCAAAGUCUGAAGUAGCUGUGAGCAAUAUGGAGAAGCCCAAAACUGUUGCUAAUAGAAGAGAGAGGCCACAUAGACAGCAACAGCGUAAACCAAAGGAAGUUCAGUCGUUAGGAGCCAAGAAAUUAGGAGCAAUAAAAAUUGACAAACUCCCUGAAGUAGAAACAACACCAGAUGAGGUUAGGCGGAAGGCAGUAUCCGAAGGCAAACCACCUCCACUGAUACAAGAAUGUUGGGAGGAGUUUGACGAGAAGAACCUGCAGGAGGAGUUGAGAAAUGCAGAGCUCAAAAGUCAAAAGAAAAAGAAAGCUUUAGUGUCAGAAACUACGGAAAAUGUAGAAGAUCUGCCAGAGGAGUUGAAAUCGAAUCUUACAUUCAAAGACAUUUUUAAACCAGAUGGUUGGGAAGGAUUGGGUGAAGAUGUUGAACUUCCAGAUGACCUUACCGAUGAUAAAUACCAUCCUGUUCUUGAUAAACUUACAACUAGCAGUGUAGAUAAUGAUAGUGCAAACAGUGGUUGGGGUGGGUGGGGAAAUUGGGGUGUAAGUUCAUUUAUCAACACUGCCACUGCAGGUGUUUCCACAUUGACCAAUCAUGUAACUCAGGGUUUAUCUUUAUUGGAGGAGACAAUAGGCGUACCAGAUCCUGAAGAUUUAGUCAAAACGGAAAUUCCUUCAGAUGAGAGAAAAAAAAAGCCUUCAGAAAAAACAGAGGAAAAACAGCCUGAAGGUAUCAAAGAAAUUCCAAAAGAAAGUCCAUCUCAAUAUUUACCAUCAUCAUUUGGUUUCGGGAAUUUUAUGUCAAGUGUGUCAUCAAUUACAAAAUUGGUUGAAUCCACCAGUAACACAGUUAUAUCUGGUGGAUUAGACACUCUUGAAAAAAUUGGGAAAAAGACUAUGGAAGUGCUACAAGAGGGAGAUCCAGGUUUAAAAAAGAAGAGGGCCUUUUUUUUGAACGAGGCUAAUAAACCAAUACUUUCACAAAUUCUCAGAGAAGCAAAAGAAAAAGCAGAUGUUGAAGAGAAAUCUGCAGAAGAGAAACAGCAGGCUAGAAAAGUUCAUUUUGAAAGUCUCUUUGAUGACUAUCAAGGUUUAGUGCAUCUUGAAGCUUUAGAAAUGUUGUCGAAACAAUGUAAUAUGAAGAUACAGCAACAGUUGGUUAAUCUUGAUGGUAGUGAAUUAACUUCCAUGCAGGAAACAUUGGACGAAGUUAAAGAAUUGUGCGAUCUAGGAGAUGAAGACGACGAGGACGAAGGUGAGGAGGAGAAAGAUUUAAAAGAAAAAUUACAAGAAGCUUGCAAGGAUUUGGGUGUUAGCUUGACUUAUGAUAAACUCAUUGACAUUUGGAAUGACAUAAAUUCUCAAAUGCAGUCAUUAGAAUCAAAAGAAAUUUCAAGUAGAGAACUUUUUCAGAAAGCCAUAUCAUCUUUAGCACAGUUUACAGCUUAUUCAGUUGAAAGAUUUCAUAAGACUGCAGAAUUUCUUUUAAUAAAAGAACGCCGAAGUACUGUAAAUGAAGCAGACUCGUUGGUACAAUUGACAAAAACUUUAUCUACACAAAUAGGGUUCAUAGCAAAUCUGUAUUGCAACCAAUUAAACAAAGUCCAGGACGAAACUCAAAAGUCUGAAAAUAAAUCAAGUAUUACAACGAUCUUUUUAGAGGCCACCAAUGCUAGUUCAUACGUCCAAGAAGCAUUUAGAUUGUUGAUUCCGAUUUUACAAGUCGGCGCGAUAUGAGAACCAUUUUAAUAUAUAAACAAUUAUUAAACUUUUGAAAUUUUUAUUACAAAUUUAUAUCGAUGAGAAUUUAUGAAAGUUUAACAAAAUAGAUUGCGGAUUGCAAUUUUUUGAUAAGUUGUUUGUAAUAUACUCAGAUUAGAUAAGACCGUUUAAAUUUCUAAAAAAAAAAAAAAAAAGAAAAAAAAGAAAUUUUUAAAAAAUUGUUAAUAUUUUGCUUUUAGCCUAUAGUAAUAAAAGAUAACUGAGGUUGAUGUGAAACAUUUAAUAAUGUAUAGAGAUAUAUUUAAAAUUUAUCAUUGCGAAAUUAUUUUAAUAUAUGUAUAUUAUUAUACGAAAGUAAUUUAUUUUGAAGUUUUUACUACGGUAUCUAAAGUGUCAAUACUUUUUAAUUGAUUACAAAUAGAUUGACUAUGUUACGCAUUAACUAAUCCAUAAGCGAGUUUGUACACAUACAGAAUUUGAUUCUGAUUUAGUUGACAGUUUUUGUAAAAUAAGUUUGGUUAAAAUCAUGAUAGAUCGCACAAUAAAACUAUAUAUAUAUAUAUAUAUAUAUGAAUAAACUUGAUUAUUAGAUAUAUGAGGUGGAUAAAUUAUUAAAAUAUUUGGAUUUUUGUCUCAAGAGAAAAA